ACGAACCACGGCAGCACGGUCCGAGAUAGCUUGCUUUUGUGCGACGUACCUUCCGGAUCUCAAAGUGGUCGAUAUCAAACAGCGGCUGCUGUACGACAAAGUAAGUACUGCGGGGGAAACCGCCCCAUCCAUUUACCGCAAGGCCAGCUAACAACUACCCCGCCAUGCGUCCCAUCACCACUUGGUUACUCCCGCCUUGUAGACACAGCCUACUUACAAUAUCCGGCUAGUAACCCUCUUCCUGCACUCUUCUUGUGCGAUAUCUGCCAAAUCCCGCCCUCGACUGUCCUUCCCGGGCACUGUGUCACCUAGUUCGCCAUGGAUCUGGUCAACCACCUAGAAGGCCGGCUGCUCUUCGCAGUUCCCAAGAAGGGUCGCCUCCUCCAAGCAAGCCUGAACCUUCUCGAAGGCGCCGAUAUCCAGUUCAAGCGUGAGAACCGCCUCGACAUCGCGCUCGUCAAGAACCUGCCCAUCGCCCUCGUCUUCCUCCCCGCCGCCGACAUCCCUACCUUUGUCGGCGAGGGCCGCGUCGAUCUGGGUAUCACGGGCUACGACCAGGUGCAGGAGCACGAUGCCGGCGUCCGGGCGCUCGCCCGCGCCCGCCGCAUGAGCAACGAGUGGGACCCGACCAAGGCGGCCUCGGGCAAGCCCCAAGGCUGCGAGACGGUCAUGGACUUGGGUUUUGGCUCGUGCCGCCUGCAGGUCCAGGUGCCCGCCAAGGGCGAGUACGCGCAGAGCAAGGACCUGAUUGGCAAGAACAUCGGCACCAGCUUCGUGCACCUCACGCACGAGUACUUUGCGCGCCUGGAGAUGGAGCAGGAGGGUGCGACGGAUCCGGCGCGGGUCGAGGGGAGGAAGCUCCGGACCAAGAUCAUCGAGCUCAGCGGGAGCGUCGAGGCGGCCUGCGCGCUGGGUGUGGCGGAUGGCAUCGUUGACUUGGUUGAAUCCGGCGAAACAAUGAAAGCCGCCGGGCUCAAGGCAAUCGACACGGUCGUCCAAACGUCGGCCAUCCUCAUCAAGUCCAAGGCGCCCAGUAACCCGGGCCUGGUCGACUUGAUCGCCUCGCGCCUUCGCGGUGUCAUCACGGCGCAAAGGUACGUCCUUUGCCAGUACAACGUGCCUCGCGCCAAGCUGGCCGAGGCGACCAAGAUCACGCCCGGCAAGCGCGCCGCCACCGUCACGUCGCUCGACGAGGAGGGCUGGGUGGCCGUCAGCGCCAUGGUGGAGAAGAAGCGCAUCGCCCCCGUCAUGGACGAACUCGUCAACGUCGGUGCCGAGGAUAUCUUGGUGCUCGACAUUCACAAUACCAGGAGUAGCUAGGCGGGUGAGCUAUUUAGAAUAGAGCCAAAAAAAGAAAAAUAAUAAAAAUAAAAAGCGGGCAUUCAG